UCAGCCCAGACAGGACGGCUGAAAAAACUGAAACACCGCUUUCAGCCAGUGUUUCUCAGACACGGAAAAUAACGAUGGUCGCGUAUUCAUGCACCGAAAUAGCACCUCACCGUGUUUGUUUACGCCUAUAGUUUUAAUGUUCGCCGAUUAGAUACUUUACCCUUCACCUGCACAGUAUCGUCCUCUACAUGUGGAUCGUAGACAGCACCCCUCCACAAUUGGGAGUUGAGCAUACUUGUGAUGUGUCUUCCCUUACCAGUCCAGUACUAGUCUUCACCAGCCAGUUGGUGAGGUAGGAGCCCUCAAAGAGAAUGAUGCAUGAGUAGCUGACUUUGGCAUUGGCGACACUGCCACCGGCCGCCCCGAUUCGUCGUCAUUCCGCCCUCCGAUAUGGCAUCGGUCGCCGCUUGGCUGCCCUUUGCGCGAGCGGCGGCCAUUGGCUGGGUGCCCAUCGCAACCCACCCUCUACCCCCGCCCCCCGUGCCCAAGGACCGUCGGAAGGCGGACGACGAAAAGCUGCUCAUCAAUGUCUCGGGCAGGAGGUUCGAGACCUGGAGGAACACUCUCGAGAAAUACCCUGAUACCCUACUGGGCUCCAACGAGAGGGAGUUCUUCUACGAUGAGGAUGUUAAGGAAUAUUUCUUUGAUAGGGAUCCAGACAUUUUCAGGCAUAUCCUGAACUACUACAGAACAGGCAAACUGCACUACCCGAAGCACGAAUGUCUGACGAGUUACGAUGAAGAGUUGGCCUUUUUUGGAAUACUUCCGGAUGUCAUAGGAGAUUGCUGUUACGAAGACUACAGAGACAGAAAACGUGAGAAUGCCGAGAGACUGAUGGACGACAAGUUGUCGGAAAAUGGGGAUCAGAACAUGCAGCAGCUGACCAAUAUCAGGCAGAAGAUGUGGCGGGCUUUCGAAAACCCGCACACGUCGACUGCAGCGUUAGUGUUUUAUUAUGUGACAGGAUUUUUCAUUGCUGUGUCAGUGAUGGCCAAUGUGGUCGAAACUGUGCCCUGUGGAAGCAGACCUGGGGGAGCGGGAUCAUUACCUUGUGGUGAACGGUACAAAAUAGUAUUUUUCUGCUUAGACACGGCGUGUGUGAUGAUCUUCACAGCAGAAUACCUUCUUCGAAUGUUUGCAGCACCAAAUCGUUACAAAUUUGUUAGAUCUGUUAUGAGCAUCAUCGAUGUUGUAGCCAUCCUUCCCUAUUAUAUAGGCCUGGGAAUCACCGACAACGACGAUGUGUCAGGAGCAUUCGUGACCCUAAGGGUUUUCCGAGUGUUCAGGAUCUUCAAGUUCUCCAGGCAUUCACAAGGUCUGAGGAUCUUGGGAUACACGCUCAAGUCUUGCGCUUCCGAAUUGGGCUUCCUCGUGUUUUCCCUUGCGAUGGCUAUCAUUAUAUUCGCCACUGUGAUGUUCUAUGCUGAAAAGAACGUUGGAAAAACGUUCACAUCUAUACCAGCAGCCUUUUGGUAUACCAUUGUCACCAUGACUACAUUAGGAUAUGGUGACAUGGUGCCUGCAACGAUUGCAGGCAAGAUAGUAGGGGGUGUAUGCUCACUGAGCGGAGUACUGGUGAUCGCACUACCAGUACCUGUCAUUGUAUCCAACUUCAGUAGGAUAUACCACCAGAAUCAAAGGGCCGAUAAACGGAAAGCGCAAAGGAAAGCUCGGUUGGCCCGCAUCCGUAUCGCUAAGGCUUCAUCAGGUGCAGCUUUCGUCAGCAAAAAGAAAGCUGCGGAAGCCAGGCUAGCAGCUCAAGAAUCAGGUAUCGAGCUUGACGACAACUACAGAGAAGAGGACAUAUUUGAGUUGCAACAUCAUCAUCUACUUCGGUGCUUGGAGAAAACUACAGAUCGAGAAUUUGUCGAGCUAGAAGUGCCUUACAAUGGUCACCCCAAGCGUCCUGGUUCUCCCUCCCCGAUGGCAAGUCCCGCUCAUUCGGCCAUCUCAGUGGGACUGCUCCAAUCAGUCUGCGGCAGGUGUUGCCCUAGGAGGUAUCAACAAACCUAUGGGAAAUACAUGCCUGCCGCAAGUGCAAGCCAAACAAACCAAACGUGAGACAAGAAUGUUCAUUCCGCCAGCUAGGAUAUUUGCAGAGGCUGAGGCUCCCCGUGCCGGUACCCUACAAUGGCCACCCGAAGAGACCAGGUUCUCCCUCCCCGAUGGCAAGCCCCGCUCAUUCUGCCGUUUCAAUAGGACUUUUCCAAUCCUGCUGUGGCAGGUGUUGCCCAAGGAGGUACCAGCAAACCUGUGGCAAGUACAUGCCUGCCGCAAGCGCCGCUCAAACAAACCAAACUGGUGCUGGAAUGGAUGGUACCUAUCUCGUCGAGGCGUCUUUCUAGACAUAUCACUCUCCGUGCGUUUCUCAUUUAUUAUUACUAUUAGCGAGGUCAUAUAAGUUCAGGAUAUUACAGAAAUGAGACACUUUUCUGACGGGCAAAGUGUAAUAUUCCUGGGCUGUUCUGAAUCAAAAUUUCGAGCCUAUGCUCUUAUAAUAGAAAAUGUCUCGAAGAGUCUUUGAUGGAUGUAUUUUUUUGUCGCUUUUUUUGUUCUGGACAGUGUAUUUGAUGAGCUGAGUUCACCAAUUUUUUUAAAAAUAGAUGAGUCAUUUUCCGUAAGGAUUCUUUGGGGUUAUUUGUGUGAAUACAGGAGAAACUGUAUACAAAAUGAUCCAAAAACGUUUUAUCCAAAAUUGCUUCCAAACAUAAUACUAAUCCCUUAACGAGAUACAGGGUGUUGUUUUAUUUACGAAACCGAAUAAUAUACAGGGUGUCCCAGAAAUAACAAGCCAGAGUGACAUGGGAGGUAGAUUCGCUUCGGAUCAAUCAGAUAAAAUCAACGUGACCUUAGUAAAAGUUUCCUAGUUUUCGAGAUAUUGCACACUUUUAAUUUUUGUUUUAAAAAUCACUACUUUUUGCUAAAUGCCCGUUAUGGCUAUAAAUAACCUCUGAUUUAUGAUUUUUUUCCUGGGCUACAAUUUAUAAUUUUUUUGUACAACCG